CUUAAAAAAAAAGAGAAAAAAUUUCUGAACGGACCGAAAAAGAAAGUGGGAAGAACAUUUUGGGACGAUGGGAUAAUAUAAAAGCUUGGCAACAUGUACUCCCAAUUCUUAUAUGAGCUCUCUCUCUCUCUCUCUCUCUCUCUCUCUCAAGAGAAGAAACAUGAUAUAGCUACAUAGUGUGAGUUAAUUGAAAAUGGGAUGUUCUUGUAUGAAGCCGAAGCGACGAGUUUAUGAAGAUGCUGCAGUUCUAUCAUCACAAACCCAUUUUACAGUCAAAGAAGUGAAGGCCCUGCUUGAACUCUUCAGCAAUUUAAGCAGUUCCCUAAAGGAUGAUGGCUUUAUUAGCAAAGAAGAAUUUCAGAUUGGACUGUUCAGAAACAGCAAGACACAGUCUUUCUUUGCAGAUAGGAUGUUCAAACUGUUCGAUUCCACCAACGACGGCGUUAUAGAAUUCGGGGAGUUUGUUCGGGCGUUAAGCAUUUUCCACCCAGUUGCCUCCCUGGAAGAAAAAGCUGAUUUUCUGUUUAAACUCUACGACGUACGUCAAGCUGGCUUCAUCGAGCAUCAAGGGGUCAAGAAAAUGAUUAUGGCACUUCUGCAAGAAUUAGAAUUGACACUCCCUGAGGAUAUAAUACAAGAUAUGAUCAACAAGACUUUUGAGGAAGCAGACAGUAACGAUGAUGGAAAGAUAGAUGCAGAAGAGUGGAAGAAUUUCGUGUGUCAAAAUCCAUCUUUGUUGAAGAACAUGACCAUUCCAUAUUUGAUGGAUCUCACAGCUGCUUUCCCUAGCUUUUCGACCAAACUAGAUACUGAUGACGAAGGAAAUGACACUUUUUGAAUUGUAAAACCAAGUGAAAUUGUUGUAUCAUACAUCUGAAACUUGUACAUUUCUUGGUUUUCCCUUCUCCUUUUAACUACAUACCAUAGAGAUAGAAAGAAAAAAAAAGAGUGCAAAAAUAUACACUAUGUGACAGUCUUUACCACUGGCUAGUUGUGAUGAUUUUUAGGCCUAAUCAUGUCCUUCAAGUUCAUGGGGUAGCACAUACUGAUAUGCAAGCUAGACCACACGUUGUCGGCAAUGAUAGAGUUAACCGCAUCCGUUGGAUGAAACUGGUCCCACCAUAUGUAAUUAGUUGCAUUGCUGCAAGCCAUCUCAGGAGCUAUGCAGAGAAACCACCCUUUGUGCCUCCCAAAACCACAGCAGGCUUCUGCUGUAACAUUGAAGCUGUAACGGUCGUGGUUCUCCAUUAUGUCCAUUGAGGCUUGGAAUGCAUCACAGAAGAUGAUCUUCGCGUGGGCGAGCUCGCGACCCAGUUCUGCAACCGUUUGUCUCAUCACAAAGUUGAAUUCAAGAAUCAUGUCAUUUAUCAUGUCAACACACUUCCCAUUUGUUGCAGGGUACAUCCAGAGGUAAUAUGGUGCACAACCCAUUGGUGCCAAUCCCAUCACAACCACUUUCCUUACAUUGGCGUUGUACAGAUUCUGUUCAUCAACAUAUUAUUGUGCCAAAUUAGAAACCCACACU